CAUUGUCACUGUGACGUGGCUGCUAGCUAACGCGCUAGCUGACUAAUAUCUCGUGGACAGAACAGAGUAUGGUUGCCGAGAUAGAUAACUAACUAGCUGACGUAGCAGUUAGUUUUGCUGCUAUAGUAGCUGAUACAAUUUUUUUUACAGAUCAUGUUGUCUGUAUAAGUAACGUUAACUGUUACACAAGAGUGAACCCAAGAAAAAGAUGCCUCACAAGAAAAACGGGAUACCGGACAGAUGGGAAGACUACCAGGCAGUAGGGAAGAGGAUACCUGGGACACGGUUCAUCUCGUUUAAAGUCCCUCUGAAACAGUCCCUGUGUCGUCGUGUGGAGCGUUCUGAGGUGUUUGGUCCGUGGGAGCUGAUGCAGAUUCUGGAGAAAGACGGACAGGAACUGGGACUGAUCAUAGACCUCACUUUUACAACACGCUACUACAAUCCUGAGGACCUUCCAGACUCUGUGUUCUACCUGAAAAUCUUCACAGCAGGUCAUGAAGUUCCCAGCGAUCCCACAAUCCUUAGCUUCAAACGUGCCGUCUGCAGGUUCCUACAAGACAACGUACACAAUGAUAAGCUGAUCGGAGUGCACUGUACUCAUGGUCUCAACAGGACAGGCUACUUGGUCUGUAGGUACCUGAUAGAUGUAGAUGGGAUGGAUCCUAAAGAGGCUGUAGAGUUGUUUAACUCUUCGCGUGGCCACUCCAUAGAGAGAGCGAACUACCUGAAAGACCUACAGACUGGGCCAAAGAGAAGUAACUAUGGGAUGGAGAAGUCGGAGCAGGAGCCAAUCAGAGGCCGCUCUGCCAGUCGGCAUGAAGAUAUUCCGGAUGGUCCUGCCUACCACCAUGACAGACAUUAUGACAGGCAUUACGACCACAACCACUCUGUGCCUCUCCACCAGAGAGGUAUGAACUACCAGACUCACGGCCACGGUCUGCUCCCUCCUUCUCUGCCUCCUUACGGCAUGUGGCCCUCCCACCCAAACCUUUUCCCGCCUCGUCCCCCUCACUUCAACAACUACCAGUGGAGACCCCCUCAGCCACAGAACAACUGGAGGAUGCCCUACUUCCCAGAGGAAGACCGUAGGAGAGAGGAGAACUGGAGAUCAUCCCACCAUCACGAGGACGAGAGGAGGAGAAGUCGCUAUCCCCCCCGGCCCUCCCCCUUCCCCCGUUCUUCCCCAUUACUCCCUCGAGGGGUGGACUAAUGAGCCUGAGGGGCCCACGUCCUCCCUCCCCUCUGAAGAAUGGCCCACAGAGGAGAGUCUACCCACGACACCGACACACACGCAGAAGAGACUGUACCUAAUGGGGAGAGGAGGAGAGAGGGAAGGAAAGAGAGGGGGAGUGCAGUUGGUGUAUUCUUUGUAACUUUUUUUAUGAAAUAUGAAGCUUACUGGGUGUGUUUGACUGGUACAGUUCCAUGUGGGCUGAAUAGUUUGAUUUGCUUUUAAAAACAGGUUUUAGGUUUUUAUCGAGAGAUGAUAUGUUUUGAGAGCGAAGCCUUAGUUCACUUACAUAAUGUGCCUGACUGACUGACUGUUUACUGACUGACUGACUUUUGAUUGACUGACUUAAUGACUGUUGGCUGACUGACUUGUUUCAGAUAGACAUGAGUUGCAAAUGCCCUCUCUCAGUUCCAUGUAUGGAUCAAGUAUGACACGGCAGGUCAGAGGUCACUAUGUUGUGUCAGACUAUGUCUUGCUCUGCUCUGAGUGUUUUUGAUCAAAGCUAAUAAAGAAAAUUGGGAGUUGGAACAACC